AUGCUAAUUGACUCAAAUUCAAACAGCGAAUUUCACACAACCCUCCAAAACAACUCGAAUCCUAUCAUCAACCAUACGGAAACAGAUAAUAAUGUUCCAAUCGAUCUAAGUACAAAUAGUGGGGACAAAAACAUGAAAACCAACAUCGAAAACAUUGCCGAACAAGCAUCCAAAAACCCUCCCCCCACUCAAACCUCAUCACAGACACUAAAAAGGCCAGCCUCAUCCACCUCCAGCACCUCCCCCUCUAUUAAUCCAUCAAACGUUAAUAACCAAAUUAAUAGCUCUUCAUCUCAAAUCAACACGCAAAUUCAACAACCAAAGAAGGUAACUCUGUCAGACAAGCUACUAGAUUCCGUGAAAACUCCCCAACCACAAUUAAAAAAACAAAAAAGAUCAAAUUCAUUGGAACAGAUCAUAUUAAAGCUGGAUCAAACCCUUGAACCAGCAAAAAUCGUAUUUGAAACAAUACCAAAUUUAAAAAUAAACUUUACUCAACUAAAAUUUAUCAUCGAAAACACAAUAGGUGUACCCAACCCUAUGAGUAUCAUACAACCCUUUAACUUAUCAGCCAUGGAAAUGAUUGUAAUCAUUGACACUAUCCGCCCGAAAAUCAAGAAUACAGCUUUUAAAAACAGGAUUUCAAAAUUAUAUCAAAUAAUAUUAGACUCAACUGUAUCCGGAGAUCCUGUUUCCACAGAAUAA